AUGGAGGACGUAGGAAGAAUCCCCGCCGAUCUCCCGCCUGUCCAGACUGAGCCCACCACCAUCGGCACCCUUGAUAGUUGGGUAGAGGGCCUCAUGAACUGCAAGCAGCUGUCCGAGAUCGACGUCCAGAGGCUUUGCGAUAAGGCGCGAGAAGUUCUACAAGACGAGUCCAACGUCCAGCCAGUAAAAUGCCCCGUUACCGUGUGCGGUGAUAUCCACGGUCAAUUCCACGACCUUAUGGAGCUCUUUAAAAUUGGUGGACCUAAUCCCGACACCAACUACCUCUUCAUGGGCGACUACGUUGACCGUGGCUACUACUCCGUCGAGACGGUCACGCUCCUCGUUGCUCUCAAGAUCCGAUACCCCCAGCGCAUCACCAUUCUCCGCGGGAACCACGAGUCCCGUCAGAUCACCCAGGUCUACGGCUUCUACGACGAGUGCCUCCGCAAAUACGGAAACGCCAACGUCUGGAAGUACUUUACCGACUUGUUCGACUACCUGCCCCUGACGGCCCUGAUUGAGAACCAGAUCUUCUGCCUCCACGGCGGCCUCUCCCCCAGCAUCGACACGCUCGACAACAUCCGAGCUCUCGACCGCAUUCAGGAGGUGCCUCACGAGGGUCCCAUGUGUGACCUUCUGUGGUCCGACCCCGACGACCGGUGCGGCUGGGGAAUAUCCCCCCGUGGUGCCGGCUACACUUUCGGCCAGGACAUCUCGGAGGCCUUCAACCACAACAACGGCCUGACGUUGAUUGCGCGAGCUCACCAGCUUGUCAUGGAGGGUUACAACUGGUCUCAGGACCGUAACGUGGUGACCAUCUUCUCUGGUACGUAUUGCCCCCUCUGCAUCCGCUCAUCCGCCUCCGCCUUUUCGCCCCCGUACACGACUUUGCCUGAGGCUGACGUCUCGUUUGCUUUUCUAGCACCCAAUUACUGCUACCGAUGCGGCAACCAGGCUGCCAUCAUGGAGAUUGACGAGCACCUGAAAUAUACCUUCCUGCAAUUCGACCCUUGCCCCAGAGCUGGAGAACCCAUGGUCUCAAGGCGAACCCCUGACUACUUCCUCUAA